UUCAAGAAAGCGUAUUUCUGGUGCUCACGUGCCUACCGGCUGACCCUGAGGACCCACUGAGCCAAUGCCUAGGUCCCACCCCCUUGCCACGCCUCCUCACUCAGCCGGGUAUAUUUUGUACAAGUCAGCAAGCUGCUGCGCUACCAUUGGCUGGCUGGUCAGAGGGGGACGGGCAUGCAGAUGUUCCCGGAAGCUCAGGAGGCCAAUGUGCUAUACUGGGAGCCUGAGCCUGGUGGACUGGGUGCUUAGCAACGGGGAAGGUGCCCCGUAACGGGGUGUUUUGGGGGGAACGGGAGGAACUGUGAAUACUUAGCAGCCCGGGGUAAUGUGGCUGGAGCUAGGGGCCGUGCUGCGCGGGACCCGUGGACUGCUGGGCAGGACUGUUCAUCUGCCCUGUGGGGCCCUGGGGCUUAGGCCCCACUGGUGGGGACCAUGUAGGGGUUGUCGGGCCCAAAAUGUUCAUCAAGACCGGCCAGGAAGAGGCCUAAGUGAGGAGGACAUUCGCAGGGCACGAGAGGCCCGCCCCAGGAAGGCGCCCCGUCCCCAGCUUAGUGAUCGCUCACGUGAACGCAAGGUUCCUGCCUCCCGCAUCAGUCGCCUGGCCAGCUUUGGGGGGCUGGCUGUGGGCUUGGGCCUGGGAGCACUGGCUGAGGUGACCAAGAAGUCGCUGCCAGGAGGAGGUGCACCGCACAAGGGUGGCUCUGGACUGGGUUCCAGUCCAUUCCUUUCAGAGGCCAACGCUGAGAGGAUCGUGCAGACCUUAUGUACAGUCCGGGGGGCUGCCCUCAAGAUCGGCCAGAUGCUCAGCAUCCAGGACAAUAGCUUCAUCAGCCCCCAGCUGCAGCAAAUCUUUGAGAGAGUCCGCCAGAGUGCCGACUUCAUGCCCCGCUGGCAGAUGCUGAAAGUUCUAGAAGAGGAGCUGGGCAAGGACUGGCAGGAAAAGGUGGCCUCCCUCGAGGAAGUGCCCUUUGCUGCUGCCUCCAUUGGGCAGGUACACCAAGGCAUGCUAAAGGAUGGGACUGAGGUGGCUGUGAAGAUCCAGUACCCAGGUGUUGCCCAGAGCAUCCAGAGUGACGUGCAGAACCUACUGGCCCUGCUAAAGAUGAGUGUGGGCCUGCCAGAGGGGCUGUUUGCUGAGCAGAGCCUGCAGGCCUUGCAGCAAGAGCUGGCUUGGGAGUGUGACUACCGAAGAGAGGCUGCUUGUGCCCAGACCUUCAGGAAGCUCUUGGCGGAUGACCCCUUCUUCCGGGUGCCAGCUGUGGUACAGGAGCUGUGCACUACACGUGUGCUGGGCAUGGAGCUGGCUGUGGGGAUCCCUCUAGACCAGUGCCAGGGCCUGAGUCAGGACAUCCGGAAUCAGAUUUGCUUUCAGCUCCUGAGGCUGUGUCUGAGGGAACUGUUUGAAUUCAGAUUCAUGCAGACAGACCCCAACUGGGCCAACUUCCUGUACGAUGCUGCCAGCCACCAGGUGACUUUACUGGAUUUUGGUGCAAGCCGGGCAUUUGGAACAGAAUUCACAGACCAUUACAUUGAGGUGGUGAAGGCUGCUGCUGAUGGAGACAGGGAUCAAGUCCUGAAGAAAUCCCAGGAUCUCAAAUUCCUCACAGGCUUUGAAACCAAGGCAUUCUCCGACGCCCACGUGGAGGCAGUGAUGAUCCUGGGGGAGCCCUUUGCUGCCUCCAGUCCCUACGACUUCGGAGCUGGAGAGACGGCUCGCCGAAUACAGGGCCUCAUCCCCGUGUUGCUUCGGCACCGGCUGCGCCCACCACCUGAGGAGACCUACGCCCUACACCGCAAGCUAGCUGGGGCUUUCUUAGCCUGUGCUCGUCUCCACGCCCACAUCGCCUGCCGGGACCUCUUCCAAGACACCUACCACCGUUACUGGGCCAGUCGCCAGGCACUGCCACUGCCAGCAGCCUCCUGACUAGAAGGACCUCCCUGCCGACCCCCAUGACAGACUCCAUCCAGGGAUACCAGCUCCACAGCGGGGUUAUGGCUCUUCUUGCCCCCUCCCCCUCUGUCCUGGCUCCAGAGCCUCGUUCCUUGCCUUGGAUCUUCGGGCCCUUGGAGUUAGCUCCCUGAUCCAAAGUGGGCAUCCUGGAAUUCUAAAGCUGGGAGUCAGCAGAUUCCUGCCUUCAUCUAAGUGAGCCCUUGGUCCCUUCAUGGGGUCCACUCUCGUCUGGAGGGGGCGCCCCCUCGGCCGCGGGUCUUCCAGGAUCCGCAGGAGAAAGAGGAGAUGGCUGUUGGAGGCGGUCCUCACCUUUGCCUCCCUCGCUCUACCAGCUGCUUUCUUCCGGGGUUCCAGCCUGUGUAUUGGAGGAUGGGGGUGGGUGCCGAUCCUUCUCUCCGAAUAAAGGCACCCUUUCCCUUCC